UUAGGUGUCAGACAGAAUAUGAAGAGACAGGAAGCAACACACUCUGGCUUUUAGAAUUUCCAUGCGGGUACAACAGAGACUAGGCUUUAAUUUGUGUCCGUGUGUUUUUUGUUUACCACUGACUGGUCAAACAUGGAUGAUAGAUACACGUCCAAACUGUCACCUACUGUUGAUUUCUGGGCAGGGAUGUAUCUGGUCGUAAUUGCCGUCCUAUCCGUCGUGGGGAACGCCGCCGUCCUGGUCAGCGUGGCCCGUCGCCUCACUCUGCUCAAAGCUCCUGAGCUGCUGACGGUGAACUUAGCCAUCACGGACAUUGGCAUGGCCCUCAGCAUGUAUCCUCUGUCCAUCGCAUCUGCCUUUAACCACGCCUGGAUCGGUGGCGACGCCUCCUGCCUCUACUACAGCCUGAUGGGCAUGAUCUUCAGUAUAACCAGCAUCAUGACACUGGCUGUGAUGGGGAUGGUCAGGUACCUGGUAACAGGGAGUCCACCCGAGACAGGUAUCAAGUUCCAGAGGCGGACAGUGUGCAUGGUUAUCAGUGGGAUCUGGCUGUACGCUGGCCUGUGGGCCUUGUUACCUUUGCUUGGCUGGGGAAGCUACGGCCCAGAGCCGUUUGGACUCGCCUGCUCCAUCGACUGGACCGGCUACGGGAAUUCCCUGAACAACUCUACCUUCAUCCUGACUCUGUCCGUACUCUGCACAUUCCUCCCCUGUCUGGUCAUCAUCUUCACCUAUUUCGCCAUCGCCUGGAAGUUGCACAGAGCCUACCAAUCCAUCCAGAGCAAUGAUUUUCAAUAUGGUAACGUUGAGAAGAAAAUCACCCUGAUGGGUGUGUCUAUCAGCCUGGGUUUCCUGAUUGCCUGGACCCCCUACGUGGCUGUGAGUUUCUGGAGCAUGUUUCACUCCCAGGAGCAGAGCCACAUGACUCCUUUCAUCACCCUGUUGCCCUGCCUCUUUGCCAAGAGCUCCACCAUGUACAACCCUUUCAUAUAUUUCAUCUUCAGGCGUGCCGUCUGGCAAGAGCCCCUGCGUCUCCAGAGGCUGUGGUUUUGUUGCACCCAUCAGGCCAGUUUGACCAGCAAGGAGGCGAAAACGGAAAGCGAAGUUGUAAAAGAAUCGGACUGCAGCGUUUUCGGUGAUAGGGUGGUUGCAAACUGUGUCAGUCUAAUGGAAGCUCCUCACAGACAAAGUGAGAUACUGACUUUGGGCUAAUAGAGCCUGUGAUGAAGUUAUUAUUUCACCCUUUUCACACUUCUUAUUGAGUCGUCAUUCAAGGAAUAUGUAGUUCAAGAGUUUUGGGAAAUGUGUGUUUUUUGUCUUUUUUACCAGAGUUAUGUGAAUUUUUUUUUCAUAUGUAUGUACAGUAUAUGUAGCAUUAGCAAAGACUUGAAACAUUUACCUUGCUCAGUGAAAAUCAGGGGGUCCCCCCCACCUAUUGCUCUAGUGUUAUGCUGAAGUAUCCCCCCCCCAAAGUAAAGAAAUAAAUCAAAAUAAUAAUAAUAACAUCUCCAGUGAUGAUUUUGAUUUGAAUAUUUUGAUUGCUCUCCACAUGAAUGUCUGUCUCUUCACACAAACUCACCAUUAAAUGUAUUUAGUUAUUAAAAGACGGUGUCAGAUCAUGAAUCCGGAUUGUUCUGGUCACUUUUGUUAUCGUCAGACUCAGGUUCCAUCAGCAUCCUCAUCCUCCUCGACCUCAGUUCAGCUUUUGACACCAUUAACCAUUCCACACUCAUCACAAGCCUCAAAACCACCCUCGGCAUUACUGGCACAUCAAUUCAUCUCAAUCAAAACUGCAAAUCCAUCGAAGUUCUUGUCACACAUGGUGUCCCCCAGGGUUCGGUGCUUGGUCCCCUCCUCUUCAUCAUCUACAUGCCACCACUUGGACAGAUCCUCCGCCACCAUGGCCUCCAGUUCCACUGUUAUGCUGACGAUAUUCAGCUCUACCUCUCCUCCAAGACCCUCACCACUUGCCUAAUGGACAUUAAUACAUGGAUGCAAAGAAACUUUCUAAAAAUCAACCUCAAUAAGUCAGAAAUCUUAAUCAUUGGCCCAGACUCCCUUACCCGCACCACUCUGGAACCCAAACUCAAUAUUGAUGGCUCCAUCGUCACCCCCCUCCACCCAAAUUCGCAACCUUGGAGUCAUCCUCAACUCCACCCUCUCAUUCCUGCCCCAUGUCAACCAUAUCACCAAAACAGCCUUCUUCCACCUCCGUAACAUCGCCCGCCUUCGACCCUCACUUUCACCUACUGCUGCAGAAACACUCAUUCACGCAUUUGUAACAUCCAGACUCGACUACUGUACCACAAAGUGCUUGAUACUGACUUUCCAUCGGCCACUAAACAGCAAUUAGACAACGUCUGAGUUUCACAGCAGAGCUUAACUUACUUUGACCCGCGACAUCUCUAGUCCUUUCCCAACGAGUCCUCUGAGUACAUCUCAGGCCUCCUCUCGUGGUCACCAGGGGCCAGGCACCAACGUUCUCCACAUCAGUGUCGACCUCACUCGUAUGCAUCCAAUGGCUAUCCACCAUGACGUUGCUCCCCUUCCUGUUAGAGUAGGCAGCCACCUCCAUGUCCACAAACAGAACUCCACAUCAGAGACUGAAGGCAUCUGAAAAGGAAAGGCAUUCUUUUCAACCACAACAACAAUAAAGCACAACUAAUGGAAGCAUACUAUUCACAUGUUCAAUAAGGUACAAUAAUGGUAUUUUUUUCUUUUUGUGCAUUUGUUGUUUAUAUAAAGACCACAAAACUGCCCUUAACAUGACACUAUCUCCCUUUAUUUCAGGCUUACAUAUGGUGCAUGUGAUCAGUGUAGCACGGAUCACACAUUAGACAAUUCUUCCACAUGAAUUUGGCCAUAGGGGCUUGUUCCCGACAGUUUUGCAAAAUCACACAUUAAAAGAUUCAGUUUUUCUUUCAGAUUAAGCUGGUUGGAGCCUGAAAAAGAAAAAAAAUAGGACAUGGUAUGUCUAUGUGAACAUAUGAGAAGAAGAAGAAGACGUCUGGGCUGAAGGGAAGAUUACGUGAUGUCAGUUUUACACAAAGAAUCAGAGAUUUACAGAGCUCAAUUAAGGAUGAUUGAUAAGUUUAUACUUUGUGGAGCGAAGUCCAAACAAGCUGCCCUUCUGUUGUACAAUUGAGAGUAAACGAGAAAAUGCACUUUGCUGUAUUAAAGAAUCAUGUCAACUGUCAUGGUAAAUGUUAAAAUGCAUUUUGUUGACAUGUGUGUAUUGAUAAGCCUACAUUUUCUUUUACAGGCACUAUAUUUAUGUUUUUAUUCAGCUUGUGUCCCCUUUUUGAGACAUGUAGUGGUCAUAAUUGUUUGUGAGUGGAGCAGUUGUUCACCCAGAAAAAUACAAAACUCAAAAAAAGUCAAUACUCGUUAGGAAUCUAGUCUAGUCAAAGUUCCUUCUUGAUCUAUGGUCAACAUGAAGUAAUUCAGUCAAAUAGAAAUCCAUUAGCAUUCAGUUUAUCAUCUGCCUACUGUAUAUAGAUUCAAUACACAGAUAUCAUCUAUCUUAUGUUUCAAA